UCUAUAAUUGCUGUUCACCCAAAAUGCAUCGCCAAGAACUUAUUCAUCCCUUGGACUUCAUUUACUAUCCUGUUCUUGCUGCUUUUGGUAUUCCAGUUAACUUGUUGGCAAUUGUAAUCCUUUCCCGUGGAAAAUGUGGCCUAUCGAAAUGCAUCACUUAUUACCUGGUCUCAAUGGCAGUAGGAGAUCUGCUCGUCAUUAUCACAGAUGUAAUAUUAUAUAAGAUUGUUUAUUAUUACUUUCGAGGUUCUUUCUUUGACAUAACACCAAUGUGUCGCCUCAUUGUUGUUCUUUAUGCCUCAAGUCAAGAUUGCUCAGUUUGGCUAACAGUGGCUUUUACCUUCGAUCGCUUCAUUGCCAUUUGUUGCCAGCAGAUAAAAAGAAAAUAUUGUACUAGUGAGACAGCAGCGAUUGUUAUCAUAGUUGUAUGUGUAUUAUUCUGUUUAAAAUGUAUUCCAUGGUUCUUUGCAUUUGGACCACGGCAUGUAAUUAAUAAUGUACAGUGGGAUUGUAUCCUGACACAAACAUUUUCUAACUCAGAAAUGUGGACAGUAUUUGCUUGGCUCCAUCGUAUUUUCACCCCACUGCUCCCAUUUGGUUUAAUUCUUCUGUUCAAUAUUAUGACUGUGAAGAAUAUUUUAGUGGCAAGUAGAGCUCGCAAAAACCUCCGAAACAGCCAUCAUGGUGAGAAUUACAGUGAUUCUGAGAUAGCAAAUCGUAGAAAAUCAAUCAUUUUACUCUUUACGAUAUCCGGCAGCUUUAUACUGUUGUGGACAACUUAUGUUGUUUAUUUCUUAUACGUAAGAAUCACAAAUGCCUUUUAUCACACAAGUUUAAAUGAUCCUUUAUUUAAAGCUCAACAAGCUGGAUCAAUGCUUCAGCUUUUGAGCUCAUGUACAAAUACAAGUAUUUAUGCAGUGACCCAGAAUAAAUUCAGAAAAGAAAUGAGGGACGCAGUUAAAUAUUUGAUUGCUCCUAUCUUUAAAUUAAUUAAGUAUGAGAACAGCUGAAGGAAAGUUUGAUGUAACCAACUUCAUAAAUUGAUUUUACCUCAUUGUUUCAUGCUGCACUGUGCUCUGUGAAUAGAUUUGUUAGUCUUCCACUUUUAAUAAUUUUAGAACCAUUAAAAUGAACUUUUGUAAUCGCAGCUGAUGCGAUUACUGCACCAGUCAAAUCCUCGCUGAAAUCUGGCUUGAUGCUUCAUAUUUUGUUCUUUCUUCCUUUCAGUGAAACACGAGCGGUUUCAGCAGCAGAUUUAGCUCUAACAAUGAAACAGAAGGUCAUUAUGUGAAAGAAGUGAAGAUAUAAUAGACCAAAUCAAACUAUUUAUAUACGACAGAAUUUUAAAAGAUUUCAAAAUACACAUAAAACCAUCUAUCCAACACCAUUAUUUUACCAUACUCAAAAAAGCAUGAGUUCUAUUCUUUAUCAUAUUACAGGUUUGAGACAAUUGUUUCUUUAAUUUCAUGUUCUUGAGAAUUUGAUCACCCUUCCCUUAAUUCAUCCCACAGCUGAGAUUAUACUUCAUUCAUUUUGAAUAACCUCUUCAAUUUAUUAACCAACCGUUUUCAUUUGGAACUUUCAAAAUAAAACAGUUACAUGGAGGUAAUCUAUUUCUUAGGUGUUCUUAACUCAGUCUUUAACUGUUCGUACAUUUACAUUCAGCUAGAUUGUCUGAGAACUGAAACCAAAAGCUUUGCAACUGAAAACAAGCCAAUGAUUUUCAAUAUUUACUGUUUUUGACUAUAAAACUCUCACUAAACAAAAGAAGUUCCCAUUAUCACUUGAAGAGCAGCUCUCUAAUGCGUACUGGUUUAAAUGUCCUGAUUCUGGAAAGUUAAUUGUCAAACCCACUUCACGCAUACAAACAACAAACUGACGUGUCAUUAGUUCAACAUCCAAGCUCUAAAAUAAAUGAUAUUACUCUUCAUAAGCCACAUUCCUAACACAUUAAUGGUCACAAGGUCAGCCAACGAGACUACUAAAUUGGUCCAAUCAGGGAGCUCUGGCUGACAUAUAAAAUUGGUUUAGUGUUGGAGAUUAUAGAAACUGUGGUG